GUUCCUUCAAGCGUGAUCGAGCCCACUCUAUCUGCGUAUCGAUUCGAAUUACGAUCACUGUUUGCAUUGAUUGCCGGGUGAUAUUUAAUUUGUGUAUUAACCUACGUAGAUUUUAUUACCGAAUCAAAAGUUUUUAUUCUGCGAUUUUAUACGAACUGAACUGAGGAAAAUAUCAAAAGGUGUGACUAUAUCCAAGAUGGCGUUGUCUUGCGGAGGAAGAUGUAUGAAAUACUUUCUAGUGGUGAUCAACUCUAUUUUUAUGCUGCUUGGACUCGGCCUUCUUAUUCCCGGAAUUUUGAUGCUGGUUGAUGUCCAAGUCAUCAAUGAUAACAUACUCCCCCUGCUGCAGCAACUAUCAUUCGGUGCACUGAAUGUGGGUGACCUUGCCAAGGGUCUCUCCGUGACGCUGAUUGUGUUCGGCGCCUUCGUGCUCAUCGUUUCUACAUUUGGCUGUUGUGGAGCUCUCUGUGAGCAGAGGUUCUGUCUAGUCGUGUAUGCCGCCCUGGUGCUGGUGUUUUUCCUGGCCAAACUAGUAGUUGUUAUUCUGUGGUUUGUCAUGAACGACAAGAUUCAAACUUGGAUGAAGACAGAGCUACUAACCCAGAUGCAAACAAAUUACAAAAAUGAAGAUCUUACCUCGCAUGAAAUCUCAACUGCCUGGAACUAUAUGUUUAUGACUCUCUCUUGUUGUGGGGUCAAUGCAGUCACUGGUACAACAAACGACUUUGACAGUUCCGUGUGGAUUGGUUCCGCUGGGACUAAGCAUAUCCCGUUAUUCUGUUGUACAAACGCCACGGCGUCGAACUACGCCACCUUCACGGACACAUCGUGUACGGACACCGUCACUUCAAAUUACCACACCAAGGGCUGUUAUGACGCCACGUACAGUUUACUUAACACAUACAGCACCGUGUUCAUCGCCAUUGGUGUUUGUAUCUUGCUUGUGGAGAUUGUGGCGUUUAUUGGAUCCAUUGUCAUUAUAAAACAAGGAGGCGACGACGGCGUGGGUUUAUCCGGUGCCGCCAAAGUUGUGUAAAUGUAAACUACAGAUGCUCACAAUCCGUCCAAUUCUUCAUGCCUUUUGUGACCUCAUUUGAUAAGCUGUGCCCAAUAUCUGGAAGGACAUGGUUAUAAACUCACUCAAGGGCAUGGUUAUAAAAUCUCCGACAUGAUUAUAAUCUCACUCCCAAGACUUCAUUAAAAACUCGCACUGUGCCAUAAUUAUAAAGUCACUCUCUAAUCUGAUUUUGAAAACUCGCUCUAGGACAUGAUUAUAAAACCACUCUCUAGAACAUGGUUAUAAAUUUACUAUAUCGGAUAUGUUUAUAAAAAUUCCUCCCUAACAGGGUUAUACUUUCACUUUAGGACGUAUAUAUUAACGACUCACUCAAGAACAUGAUUAUUAUGUCACGCUAAGACUCUAAGAUAUGAUAAUCUCACUCUCAGGUCUAAGUUUCUUCAGUUCUAGCUCUGUUUGAUGAUUGAUAAUGAAUCUUAAUAUGGUUUUAUCGUUCAGAAAAUUAUAAUGGGACAAUGUGUUAAGACGACCUCAAAAAUACGAUUAUAUUUUAACAUUUUUUUGUACACGCUAUUGUGUUUAGAUUAUGUUUUCUCUGAAGUACAAAGAUAUCAUAUUUAUGUGCGUUUUUCCCCUUCAAAACGCUGAACAGUUCCACCAGUGAGAAAUCAAAGAUCAGUUAAGCUUGAAGUUGUUAUUGCACACAAAUGUGUAUUUGGAAACGACUCGCAGUAACAAAACAUGAUGAGAAAACACCUAUUAUUGUUAUGUUGACGAAAAUAAAUAUACAUCACAGAAAAA